CAGCACAGCAGCUGCUGAGGCCACGAUGUAAGCUGGAUCACCACUCAAUCAUCGCUCAGUCAUACUCGAGUACUCAUACCCACGAAAGCAGGGGAUUGCUUCUACACUGUGUCCCACAAGCUCCAUCGGAGGAGAAUUCCAUUUGGUUGAGAACGGGGCAGGAGCUUCUAGGGGCAUGCGAGGUUCAGGGUGCAGGUGGCGGACGGGAGGCGGGGGAGCUGUCAUUGGCCUCCUACGACAAGUAUGACGCCUCGGGAGCUCCCCUCUGGUGCCGGCAACGUCAGGAGUCGAAAAGUGUAUUAACAUUGCAUUGUUGCGGAGAGAGGUGAGGGGUCGGGCAAGUGAGGAGCGAAUAGUAAUGGGCUUUCCACUGGUGGCAGACGACGGCCCUACGGCCUUGGUGAGUAGAGCCAAGAUGAAGAAUGGAGCAAUCGUCUGCCCUUUGCUCUGCCACAGAUGUCUGGCCUGUCUGGCUUGGAUUGGUUACUAAUUGGCGAGCUCUCAGAUAUCCGAAAGAACAGUGGAGGAAGCUCCACCAGCUUGAGUGGAGAGGUGGUUCCUUUCGGGUUCCAGGUUCCACCUGAGCAACAUGGAGGAUACCGAGGAUACCUACGGAGGAUAGUGAAUCCCUUCUCCAUCACCACAAGAGGCCGCCACUGCCAAUUGUGCUGUCUGUGUACUGGUGUAUAGUAGAAAGGCACAACCCGUGUACAACCCCUCUUUGCCCAAACACUCCAGAUAUUUAAGUCCACCUUCCCCCCACGAUCUUUGUUCAAGAACUUCUCUUCUUGCCACUCCACCUCCCAUCUACAAACUCUAUCCCACUCCACCUCCCAUCUACAAACUCUAUCCCACUCCACCCCACCCCAAACUUCCUCCCACAUAGAACUUCCACCAUCACAGCUGUCUGAUAAACCACCACAAUGACCUCUAUCCAGCUUUCGACGCCAAGUUCUGGCAAAUACACACAACCAACUGGCUUGUAAGUCCUCCAGCUUUCGAAUCCCCCACUGGCAACGGCAAACUGCGCACUACCCCGCAUUCAUAUCUUCACUGGAUGACCUGCUGACGUGAUAUCCCCAUCCAGGUUCAUCAACAACGAAUGGGUCAAGGGUGUCGAGGGCAAGACCUUUGAGACCAUCAACCCUUCUACCGAGGAAGUCAUCUGCUCCGUCAGCGAAGCCACCGAGAAGGAUGUCGAUAUUGCUGUUGCCGCUGCGCGCAAGGCGUUUGAGGGUGAAUGGUCGAAGGUGACCCCACAGAACAGAGGCAGAUUCUUGGUCAACCUCGCCGACCUGCUGGAGAAGAAUACGGACCUGAUUGCUGCUGUUGAGUCGCUCGACAAUGGCAAAUCGCUGGCCAUGGCCAAGGGAGAUCUUGCGGCUGUCACUGGCUGCUUGAGAUAUUAUGGUGGCUGGGCUGACAAGAUUGAGGGUAAGGUUAUUGACACAAACACUGAUACCUUCACCUAUACAAGACAGGAACCAGUAAGUGGCCCAAUUUAGUAUUUCGUCAAUUGCCACAUCUAACAGAUAUUUAUAGAUUGGAGUUUGCGGCCAGAUUAUCCCAUGGAACUUCCCAAUGCUUAUGUGGGCAUGGAAGAUUGGUCCAGCCAUUGCCACUGGUAACACUGUCGUUCUGAAGACCGCCGAACAGACUCCUCUGUCUGCUUUGGUGGCUGCGAGCUUCAUCAAGGAGGCUGGUUUCCCUCCAGGAGUUAUCAACAUUAUUUCUGGUUUUGGAAAGGUAGCUGGUGCUGCACUUUCCUCUCAUAUGGAUGUUGACAAGAUUGCCUUUACUGGAUCCACCCCAGUCGGUCGUCAAAUCAUGAAGGCUGCUGCCAGCUCCAACCUGAAGAAGGUCACUCUUGAGCUUGGAGGAAAAUCACCAAAUAUUGUUUUCAACGAUGCGGAUAUCGAGAACGCCAUCUCAUGGGUCAACUUUGGUAUCUUUUUUAACCAUGGCCAAUGCUGCUGCGCUGGCUCCCGAGUUUACGUUCAAUCGGGUAUUUAUGACAAAUUUGUUGAGCGAUUCAAGGCUCGUGCUGCGGCCAACAAAGUUGGUGACCCAUUCGCCUCUGAUACUUUCCAAGGCCCACAAAUUUCACAACUUCAAUAUGACCGUAUCAUGGGAUACAUUGAGACCGGAAAAUCCGAGGGUGCCACCGUACUCACUGGCGGUAAGCGCCACGGAGACAAGGGAUACUUCAUCGAGCCAACCAUUUUCUCAAACGUUACCGAGGACAUGAAGAUUAUGCAGGAAGAGAUCUUUGGACCUGUCUGCUCUAUUGCCAAGUUUGAGACUGAGGAGGAAGCUAUCAAGACUGGUAACCACAGCACAUACGGUCUUGCUGCCGCUGUUCACACCACCAACCUAAACACAGCCAUCAGAGUUGCCAACUCAAUCAAGGCUGGUACUGUCUGGGUUAACCAAUACAACAUGCUUCACUGGCAGGUUCCUUUUGGAGGAUAUAAGGAGUCUGGUAUUGGACGUGAGUUGGGAGAGGCUGCUUUGGCCAAUUACACACAAACCAAGAGUGUUGCAAUCCGUUUGGGAGAUGCUCUCUUUGGUUAA